CUCAUUCACAUUCUUCUAAAAUGAGAGCAGCAAGAGUUUCUGCUUCCGGGCCUUCGGCCGAUUUUCAGCAGGUCUCCCUUAUGAAAGCUCCAGAUGGCCACCUGUGUACCCUUCUGUGAGACUGCAGGCAAGGGUCCCUUUGAGGUAGAAUGAUCCUAACAUUUAACCGAACUGGCUUUGCAGAAACGUUUUGUGAUAAGAACAUCAAGACGAUGUAACCGAUAUUUUCUGCACACAACACUUUUCACUCUGGUGAGAAGGUAUGGAGGACAGAGGGGAGCAGCAUCCACGAGACGGGGGACUUCCGUUUGCUUUUGGCAAAGAAUUUUAUCAAACCUUUCGUACUUUCCUUAAUCUUUUUAAGCCUGGGAAAGUCAAAACUGCUAGUGUGACCCGCUGUAGCGCCUCCUCCGGCAGUGGCGCCAAGGAAAAAAGGGGUUGGGAGGAAAGAGGGUGGGAGCAGGAAAGCCAAUUUCAUUUUGUAGUCCCAGCAGCAGUGGCGCGCCUCCCGUGGUACCCGGGAGUACCAGUAGGGGGAGCACAGCCCGCUCCCGGCAGCUUUCUGAGCACGUGACCACCGCCCAACCUGCUUUACGGCUCAGGGCCUCGGAAGGCGGCGGUUACCAUGGGGACAGGGCUUGGGUGGCAACCGUAACUAAGGAGCCUGUGUUGGAGAAAGCGGGACUGUUGGAGGCCAGUAGCCUAGGGGUCCAGGCCAGGGAGGAUGCCGGCCUUUUGAGGACCUGGGUUGGCACGCUCUGUAAGUCUGGGGCGGUAACCACGCGGCUCGAGCAGGGGUGCCCAGCAAAGCGGGACCUGGUGCCUCGCCGGGGGCCACUCACCUUAGCCCGGCAGAGCCCAGUCUGGGCAGCCCUCCAGAGACUUGAACUGAGAGACAAGGGGCCGCGCGUGCACCCCACAGACCCACACACUUGCCACCACCCCCAAUCAAGAUUCACUGGCAGAGUUUGGUAUCGGAAGAGACUCUGGGCCGAGGGCCUGAGGCUUGAAAUCAAUACCUUUUCAGGCGGAAAUACGGAGCGGCAGAGGUCCACAGCUCACCAGCCGUGUGAUCUUGAGUAAGUCACUUCAGCUCUCAGAGCCCAGAAGUCUUAUGUUUAGUUUGAGGAGUAAAUGAGAGAUUAAAGGCCUUUAAACUUUUUAAACAGUUGCUACCCUUUCUCAAGCAUCAUGUGCUGCAACUGUGCUGAGCAUAUUACGUAUGUCAUGGAAUCUUCACAAUGACCCCAGAAUUUGGGCUUGUUAUUUUCAUUUUGCUUGUGAGCAAGCAACUUUAGACUCCGAGGCAUAAGUGACUUGCCCAAGGUCACAGAGCAAGUGAGCCACAGAACUGCGUGCCAGGAGAGGCUGGCAGCAAAGCCGGGCUUCUACCCACGAAGCCACACUGCUUCCUAGUCAUAGCCCUAGAGUUGUCACUAAUGCCUGGGUUAUGCCUGUUGCAAUAUAAGUAUAUUUAAAGUGAGUUAGCCCUAAAGUUACUCCUAGAAAGCUGAGAGGCACCAGGAUCAGUAUUUCAAGAUUUGGGACAGGCUUUCCCAGGUGUAUGGCAUCCUUUUCAUCCCCGUGGGAAGGAACCAGAGUUGGGUAUGUACAUUUUAUCGCUAGGGUAGUUCACCAAGCAAUCGAAAUGGGAGCUGGGUCCUGCCGAUCAUAAUGGUCAAAUUUUUCUAGAGGAAACUCCACAGAAGAAUGGCAGAUACGGAGCCAAACCCACUGGAAGAAUCAGAAGUGGAAGAAGAAGAAGAAGAAGAAGAAGAAGAAGAAGAAGAAGAAGAAGAUUAUCCAAGUUAUACAGAGGAAGCAAAUAAGCAAGAGGAAUCAAAAGAUGACCCAUUAGCAUGGAGAGACUCUCAGGAGGAGCAGGAGGGGGAAGGGGAAGAGGAAGAAGGGGAGGAGGAGGAAGGGGAGGAGGAGGAAGGGGAGGAGGGGGAGACCAUCAGAGGAGAAACAGAGGAAGCGGCUGGAGCAGCAUGGGAGGAGGGGGCUGCAGGGAUCUGGGAAGAAGCCACAGUGAAGCCCCAAGAAAUCACCACGCCCGUGACCCCUUUGGAGGAACAGACAUUAAGUGAUUCCCAGUUGAUCACAUCAGGAACUUUUCCAGAAAUCCAUAGUGAAAGCGAGUCAGAGCAUUCGUUGCCAUUGGAAGGUUCAGGAAGCCUGGGCUCUGCAGCAGAACCUCUGGGUUUGGGUGUCCCCACUUCUGAGGAGCAGCUGAUGGGUUUCCUCGAAAGGCAGCCCUUGGGCGAGCUUGGGGAGACAAGUGAGCACAUCCCCCAAGAUGAACUAGGAGGGGAAAGGAGAGAUUUGGAACCAGAGACGGACGAAAGUAGACAAGAAGAAACAGUACCCUCCUUCGCUGAGGAAAAAGAAAGCGAAUUCCAGCCCGAAGCCCGCGUCCCGAAGGACUCACUGGUGGCCACCACCACCAGGGAUGUUUUGUUUCGAAAGAGGGACAGUGACAACGUGUAUCCCUUGACCAUGACUUGGAAAUUCGGAUGGAACAGUUCUCUCCCUGUGUACUACAUCCGAGACGAAGACCAGAGGGUGCUCCUGUACGCCAGCGCCCACACCGCCGUCAUCUACAGCGUCUCCAAGAACGAGCAGCAUCAUCUUCAGGGCCACCCGAACGUGAUCUCCUGUCUCUGCGUCAGCGAGGACAGGCGGUGGAUCGCCACGGCGGACCAAGGGCCCAACUGCCUGAUAAUCAUAUGGGACUCCUUCACAGGGAUCCCUGUGCACACGAUAUUCGACAGCUGCCCGGACGGUCACGGCAUCAGAGCCAUCGCCAUGACCCGCGACGCCAAGUAUCUGGCCACCAUCUCCGAUGCUGAAAUCCAGAGAGUCUGCAUCUGGAGGUGGACUUUGGCGGCAGAGACGCCGGCGUGUUCUCUGGACCUUCCCAAAGAGUAUGGUUUUCAGAAGUACCUUACCUUUAAUCCAACAAAUAAUAAAGAAUUGGUGAGCAAUAGUAAAACACAAGUCAUAUAUUACUUGUGGUACGAAGAGGGAGAUGUACUUAUUCACAGCGCCCCGCUUUUGACAGAAAAAACGUUCAACAAGCUCGUGGGGAAGUUCAGCCAGUCUGUCUUCCACCUGAAUUUAACGCAGAUGCUCUCGGCGACCAUGGAAGGGAAGCUGGUCGUCUGGGACGUAGACCGCCCGCCGCCAGCUGCCUCCACCUCCCUGGGCCUUCCCUCCAUCAAACCUUGUAAACUGGUUCACGUGCAGAAAGAGGGGAUCACCGUGCUUACGACAGUCGACAGCUACAUCGUCACUGGGGACGUUAAGGGGAACAUUAAGUUCUACGAUCACACCCUGUCCCUUGUCAGCUGGCAGAGCCACUUCAACCUCAGCGCCAUAAGGUCGCUGUCCUUCUCAAAGACCCCGGCAACCCCUCCCACCGAAAAAUCCAGCUACCCUACAGACUGCACUUUGAAAAGCGAUCUUUUUGUGAUCAGGAAUUUCAUCAUCGGGACCUCGGAUGCGGCCGUGUACCACUUAAAGGCAGAUGAGACCAGACUCGAGAAGCUGUUCAAGGAGCCCAAGGACGCCAUUUGCGCCAUCUCCUGCCACCCGUACCAGCCCCUCGUCGCCAUUGGGAGUUUCUGUGGGAUGGUCAAAGUGUGGGAUUACGAGAAGAAAAAAUACCUUUUCAGCAGGGUCUUUGAGAAGGGCCUUGGAGUCCAGAGUCUGACCUACAACCCAGAAGGGGCCAUUCUUGGCGCUGGCUUCACAGAGGGGACAGUUUACAUCCUCGAUGCGAUGUCCUUACAGAAUGAAACUCCCAAGCCUUUCAGAUUCUCCAGAACCUGUGUGACCCACAUAAGCUUCUCCCACGACUCCAAGUAUAUGGCAACCGCUGACAUAAAUUUUACCGUGGCCAUUUACAUGUGCAAGGUCAGAAAUGGGCAUAGAGUCUGGGAAUAUCUGGCAAGACUUCGUUCUCAUCGCAAAAGCAUCCGAAGCCUCCUGUUCGGGGUUCACCUGGACAACAAUGAGCCCAGGCUGCUGAGCCUCGGGAGGGACAGACUCUUGAUCGAGUAUAACCUUGUCAAGAGCUACAAAGACCACCUGGAAGUCCUGGACAUCCAUAAAACCGACCAGGAAAACUACCCGACCUGCAUGAUCUGGUACCCACCCCUCACCAAGGAGCGCUUCCUGCUCAUCUCCACCAGCGGCUACAAAGUGAAGCUUUUCAACGCCACCACCAAAAUGUGCAGGAAGACGCUCCUGGGGCCGGUGUUCGGCUCUCCCAUGGAGCAGGUCCAGCUCCUCCCAGUGAGCAAGGCUGUCGAGCUGGAGAAGCGCUACUUGGUGUUCAUCAACAGAGACAAGGUGGGGCUUCAGAUUUUACCUAUUGACGGCAACCCGCAUAAGACGUCUGCCAUCGUCUGCCACCCAAGCGGCGUGGCUGGACUGGCCCUCUCCUACGACGGGCACCACGUCUUCACAGCAGGAGGACGGGACCGGUCGGUGGCACAGUGGGAGAUCAACCUCAGGGCCCUGGAGGCCGCCGUGUCUCUCGGUGGCGAAGACCUGACCCCGUUCUAUAGUCUGGUGGCCGGAGGCAGGGAAGGACAAUUCUACAGGGAGCUGGAGGACUAUUUUUACUACUCCCAGCUCCGCAGCCAGAGCAUCGACACAAUGGAGGCCAGGAAGGUGUCGGAGCACAUCCAGCUGGCCGAGGUUCCCUUUGUCAUGAGAGCGGUCGGCUUUUACCCGUCGGAAGAGAAGAGCGCCGCGUGGGAACCUGCGCUGACCAGCACCGCGUUCCCGUCGGAAUCCACGGGCUUGGCAGCACCCUUCGCUCGGUUCUGGAAAAUUUGGAAAAUAUGCAAAAGAACGACUUCCCACAUCAGGAAGUGGCCCUGGAGGAAUGGAGUGGGCCGUGUUCCUUUUCCUUGUUUCUGGGAGAGACUGUGAAGAACUGGUGUUCCUCUUAAAAUUCUUGGUAGACUCCACCAGCGGAAGCCUCGGAAUUACUAAUUCAAUCUCUCUAUUGGUUAUAGGUCUGUUCAGGUUCAUUGUUUCUUCCUGGGUCAGUUUUGGGCACGAACACCUUUCUGGACAUGUGUCCAUUUUGUCUGAGUUAUUUGACUUGGUGGCGCACUCCCUUUUAUUUCUGUAAGGUGGGUCUGGUAAGGUCUCCCCUCUUUCAUUCCUGACUUUAGUAAUUUAGUCUUUCUCUCUUUUUUUUUUCCCCUUGGUGAGUCUGGCUAGAGAUUUGUGAGUUUUUGUUCAUCUUUUCCACGAACGGCAGCUUCUUAGUUGUUCAUUUUAAAAAUUGUACCACAUAAGCUGUACAUGCCUUGCGUAUACUCUCUUAUCUUUAUAAAACGCUGCGGAACCAAAGUGAAAAGGAAAGAAAGGAAAAAGGAACUGUGGUGCAGUUAAUUGUCCUGAGAAACUUGCUAGAGCCGCAGGUCCUACAGUGGCCUCCCACAGUAAAUGCUUAGCUCAUUCAUGUAAAGUAAUUGCUGGCUUCUUGGGGAUUCUGUCUUUUCUAUAAAACGAAUGUCGGCCUCAGGAAGCAAGGUGGUGGCUGAUACAAUGUGUGACCCUUCCGUGAAAAGCGAUAAAAUGAAACAGUGUUCGUGCUGUGCUCACACCACUGACAAGCUGGGCCCGGCCUCCGGGCUGCAGUGAAAAGCCCCUCAAACUGGGCGGCCUGAUGCAGAGGAAGCUUCCCCCGUCACCCAGGUCUGGAGUCAAGGGGCCCGUGGGCCGCACGCUGGGUGAAAUCGCAGGGGAGACCCUUGCUGGCCUCUCCUAGCUUCUGGCGGCCACCAGCAGUCGGUCCCCGGGCAUCGCGUCCCUGAAACUGGCGCUCCACUCCCUGUUCCCUGUCACCCCAGGACCAUUUUCUCCCCGUGUGUCUGUCUCCUCCUCUUAUAAAGACACCAGUUACGGUGGAUGGAAGGCCCACCCUGCUCCGGUGUGAUCUCAUCCUAACGACCCCUGCGG